UAGAUUGAAUACAACUGAUGCAAAUAUGUUACCCAUAUUUAAACAUGUUUUGUUUUGCAUAAAAUACAAAUCAUGUAGAAAGUGCCUUCAUUACCAGAGAGGACUAAGUUAGGGGUAAACAUCUACGCUAAAACCGAAAAACCUUUGCGAUGCCGCUGCAAGUACAAGGCUGGUCACAGAGCCACAGACCUACACAAUGGCACAUGCUUAAAAAGACUCGCCUUUCAGCUUCGCCAUAAACACAUUAAUCAAGUGACUAAGCACCCGACCCUGAGGACCCUCUUCACCAAUUGCAACAGACUCUCUCGCAAGAACGCUGAAGGAUUUGCUAACAAAUGACGGCACUGAUGAGGGACAGCUGUCUGUUAUCCUGUAGAGCGAGUGGGAGAUGAAUUAGAAAAAUGUAAACAGCUACAAUGACAUCUGAGGAAAAUUAUAUGAAGCUGAUAACGUUUUUUUUUAUUUUUACUUUACGCUGGUUAUUUCCUGUGCACACAUACAAUGAUUUGCAUAGUGACUCAGAGUUGUAUAGUGUAAAAAUACAACAGACCAAAGCCUUGGCAAAGGUGGAAGCUAAGCUGUAGUUUCCAUAGUGACAGUACUACUCUCGCUACACAGAUCAGAAGAAGCUCAUGUGUGACCUGCAAAAGGCAGCAGUGCUAAACCUUGACCAAUUAGUUGCUAUGGAUUCCCAAGAGGAGAUUCUGUAUGAAGAUGAAUUGAGGUCUCGUUACGGCCAUCUGGAGAAGAUGACAGAUCUAGUGGCAGUUUGGGAAGUGGCCUUAAGUGACGGUGUUCACAAAAUUGAAUUUGAGCACGGGACGACCUCAGGAAAACGUGUCGUGUAUGUGGAUGGAAAGGAGGUACUAAGGAGGGACUGGAUGUUCAAAUUGGUUGGAAAAGAAACUUUCAGUGUUGGAGGAACUGAAACUAAAGCAACCAUCAAUAUUGAUGCAGUUAGUGGCUUUGCUUACGAAUAUACACUUGAAGUCAAUGGAAAAAGUCUAAAAAAAUACAUGGAAAACAGAUCCAAGACCUCCAAUACCUGGGUAAUAACCCUAGAUGGAGUGGACUGUCGUAUAGUACUAGAGAAAGAUACUAUGGAGUUAUGGUGCAAUGGGAAAAAAAUGGAAACUGCGGGAGAAUUUGUUGACGAUGGCACAGAGACCCAUUUUACUAUCGGAGACCAUGAGUGUUGUAUCAAGGCAGUGAGCAGUGGGAAACGAAGGGAGGGCAUAAUCCAUUCUCUAAUCGUAGAUGAGACAAAAAUACCAGAGGCAGCAGAGUGACUUUCACUUAAAUAACUAGGAUUUCACUUUGCAAAUGUGACCAAGCCUGUUGAUAAUCCCAGCUGUUAAGACUUCCAUGAAAAAAAAAUGUCCCAAGCUGGUUCCAGAAACAGCAGCACCAUCUACAAGUGAACCCAAUGAUUGCACAAUUGAAGUAAUGUUAGAUUAUGUGCACACAGUGUGCUGCAUACAAUUGAAUGUGAAAAAGAAGCUACAAUAAGCCAUUCAUUUUAACUGUGUUGCGUAACAGGUUAUAUUUCUGAAGGAUAUAAUGUGGCAGUUUUAUUGUUCUUGUACUUUACGAAAUACCUUGAAAGAAAUGAUGGCAGCAGCUUUUAAUUUUGCCUUGAAUUAGACAACAAUUCAUAUACAUUUCUUUUUUAUUUUAUUAUUAUACCUCACUGCAGUACAAAUUGUCUUUAUAAGAAGAAUACCUGAGGUUUAAUGGAUUGUACAAAGUCUUUUUCUGUUUUUUUUAUAAUGACAUACUGUCUUUCCAGAUAUAAAGUAAACCCUGCUAAGAACAUCGAAUUCAAUUACUUGUCAUGUAUGUAUUUACUGUACCUGCACACACUGUCUUCUAU